CUGCGCUGAGCCAGGCAACUUGGCUCAGAGUAACAGUAAAUCAGACAGAGCAGCUCCUAACAGCUCCUCCAGCUCCUGCAGUGAAACUGUAACCCCCCGUUGCAAGUAUUUUUGGCCGCUCAGAGGAACCCGGGUGAGAUCACUGCGGUCUCUUUUCCUCGGACACACUCGAAGAGUUGUUCGGCAAGAGCAACGCAGGGACCCGUUUUCAGUCUCCUUUCAUAUUACACAUCUUUAAAUUCAUAUCACACUGGAAAUGUCCGAAAACAACCCGAAUGAUGAGCCCAAGUUAUCUACGACGGACAGGGUGGUGAAAUCUGUCCCCUUCCCCCCCAGUCACCGGCUGACGGCUAAAGAGGUGUUUGACAGCGACGGGAAGCCCAAAGUGGAUGUGCUGAAAGCUCACCUAACCAAGGAGGGGCGCGUGGACGAGUCGGUGGCCCUCAGGCUCAUAGGAGAGGGCGCUGCCAUCCUGCGCUCAGAGAAGAACCUGCUGGACAUCGAGGCCCCUGUGACAGUUUGCGGAGACAUCCACGGCCAGUUCUUUGACCUGAUGAAGCUGUUUGAAGUAGGAGGAUCACCAGCAUCCACACGCUACCUUUUCCUUGGGGACUACGUAGACAGAGGGUAUUUCAGUAUUGAAUGUGUGCUCUACUUGUGGGCCUUAAAGAUCCUAUACCCCAAAACACUGUUUUUGCUGCGUGGGAAUCACGAAUGUCGACAUUUAACAGAGUAUUUCACAUUUAAGCAGGAAUGUAAAAUUAAGUAUUCAGAGAGGGUGUAUGACGCAUGUAUGGACGCCUUCGACUGCCUUCCCUUGGCUGCACUUAUGAACCAGCAGUUCCUGUGUGUACACGGAGGACUGUCUCCAGAAAUCACAAAUCUUGACGACAUCAGGAAACUAGACAGAUUCAAAGAGCCGCCAGCUUACGGGCCGAUGUGCGAUCUGCUGUGGUCAGACCCUCUGGAGGACUUUGGGAACGAGAAGAGCCAGGAGCACUUCACACACAACACAGUGAGAGGCUGCUCCUAUUUCUACAGCUACCCUGCAGUCUGUGACUUUCUACAACACAAUAACUUAUUAUCUGUCAUCCGGGCCCAUGAAGCACAGGACGCUGGAUACCGCAUGUACAGAAAGAGUCAGACCACUGGCUUCCCGUCCCUUAUCACCAUCUUCUCAGCUCCGAACUAUCUUGACGUCUACAACAACAAAGCGGCUGUGCUGAAGUACGAGAACAACGUGAUGAACAUCCGACAGUUCAACUGCUCACCUCAUCCUUACUGGCUGCCCAACUUCAUGGAUGUUUUCACCUGGUCUCUGCCGUUUGUCGGGGAGAAAGUGACUGAGAUGCUUGUGAACGUGUUGAGCAUUUGUUCCAACGACGAGCUGACGACUGACGAAGAGCUAGACGGUGCCACGGCUUCUGCCAGAAAGGAGGUCAUCCGCAACAAGAUCCGUGCCAUUGGGAAGAUGGCCCGGGUAUUCUCUGUGCUCAGAGAGGAGAGUGAGAGCGUGCUCACGCUGAAGGGGCUGACCCCGACUGGCAUGCUGCCGAGCGGAGUGCUGUCCGGCGGCAAAGAGAAGCUGCAGAACGCUACUAUUGAAGCUAUUGAGGCUGACGAAGCCAUCAAAGGCUUCUCCCCUCAGCACAAGAUCACCAGCUUCGAGGAGGCCAAGGGUCUGGACCGCAUCAACGAGAGGAUGCCGCCGCGGCGGGACGCGCUGCCCUCGGACGCCAGCCUCAACUCGCUCAACCGGGCCCUGUCCUCGGAGACCAACGGCACGGACUCCAAGGGGAGCACCAGCGCCGGCAGCGGAGGCAGCAUCCAGUGAAGGCCGGCAGCAGCAGCAGGCGCCGCCUCGGCCCGCGGGGCUACCUGGCCCCCAGCCUCACCACGGCCCACCACUGCACAGGAGGCGCAGGGGGGUGAAGGGGAGGAGGAGGAGGAGGAACGUUGGGGGGGCUGCAGUGUGGAUGGGGGAGGCAGCUGUGGCUGAAACUUGGGGGGGUCAUCUCACUUGCUCUAGUCUUUUAAAAUGCCUUCAUAAUAUUAGUUCCUAGUCAAAUCCUCUAAGUUAUUUGCUGGGUCACAUUUCCGAGCGGUCAGCCCGGCCGCGCUUCACAUCACAGUCCGUCAGAGAGAAACAGGGAAGAGAGAGAAACCGUAGAGUUUGUGUGUUUUUUUUUUUUCUUAAACGACCCUUUUUCUCAUUUACACCGAAACGGAAAGUCGUGUAACUUCUUACUAACUAUUGUACGUUUACAAGAACACAGCACUAAAAAAGGAAAAAAAAAAAAAGAGAGACAGGGACAGAACAUGAGAAAGGCGAUGUUUUUAAAGAUAUGAGGGUGUACAAACUAAAUAAGGACUAUUUAUUGAUGACUUUUGUUUUUGCUACUCUUAUAAAAUAGCUCUGAAAUUAAUUAGGCAGUCUUAAAAAUAUAUUUAAAAAAAAAAGAAUGUUGCAAUGUUGUCAAAAUGCCAAAUAAUGGAACGUUUUAUGGUUUUUGUACAUAUUCUGCUUACCUCAGGUUCUUUUGGUGUGUGCUUGAACCUGAUUUUUCUGUAUAAUGGUUAAAUAACUCGGUAAUUAAUACCUAUUUUCUUGAGUUUCAUAACUGGAAUUUACACUUACCUAUCUAUCAUCUGCAGAUAUGUUUAUUUUUUGUCUCUAUCUGAACGGUGGGGACUUGGGGUGGGGGGGGUAUUUUAUUUGUUGUUGUUUUUUUGUUUUUUUUUUUGUUUUUUUUGUGGCUUGCUGGAAUUGAGUGUUAAAUUUUUCUCUUUUUAAGUAUUGCGAACAAAGUAAAAAUAGAGAACCUAUAUUGUGUAAGAAAAAAAGACAAAAAAAAAAACGGAGUAUGAUAAUAAAGUGUCUGCCUAUGCAUGUUUUAUAAAAAAUCAAAAGGAAUUAGAAAACCUGAAUACCUUGGCUGUGGAGGCCUGUUUUGAGAUAUAUUGCGCUUUAGUGAACAUAUACUGGAAACGUAUACUUGCAUACUUUGAAUUAACACCAAGACGCUCUAUGCCUUUGACUCUCCUUUUGUUUUGUAAUUGAAGCAUUUCAUUGUCGAAGAUGGAUGAGAAAUCCUAUUUUUAACCUGCGCUUGUGAGUGCAUACAGUCCAGUUAAGCAUGUUUGACAAUUCUCGUGGGGUGUGUGGUCACAUGUGGAUCUCCCAAAAAAAAAAAAAAUGCAUGAUUAGCUGUUUGUGUCCUAUAAAAGGUGAAAAUCAGUUUUUUUUGUUUUAAGUUUUGUUUUUGUUUUUUUUUGUGCCACAGAAAGUGUAAUUUGAUUCCUCUUAUAAUCUUAUUUGGAACUUUGCUUUGUAUAUCAGUUACAGGUUUGAUACUGCUCAAUACUUUAAGAUGAAACAACAACAAAAAUAUAUAUAUACAUAUAUACAUAUACUUAGAUCUUUUUUAAAGAACUGCUUUAAGUGCCCAAGUAAUUCACUACACGACAUGAAGCCUUGCUUUUUGUAAUUUAACUCCGAAAACUGUUGGCUGAUGAUGAUGAUGAUGAUGAUGAUGAGGCAUGCACUUGCAACUAUGAGAAGUAUUUUAUAUAACUGUUCAAUAAAAAUGUGCAUGAAUUUCAACAUGAAAUGAAA